AUGGACCUGCUCAAUCAGCUUGAGUUCUGCCGAUCUCUUACACCUGAACAUGAUCGUCCCCUCACUCCAUUACUUCGACCAUCUGCACAACCUGAAGAGCACAACUUUUCUGUGCCACCAUCGCGACCCUGGGAGGAGUCUCAGCCUGAGCUGGAUGACGAUGAUGAGGCCGACUCUACUUCCGGACAGCCUGAGUUGAUGCUACCAGAUGCUCGGCGGCCUGAUCAUGGAAGCUACAUUGACCAUGUGCUAGCUGAAGAGGAUGAAGAAGAUGAAGAAGACAAACCUCACAGGCCUUCUGAGCUCAACGAGCCUGUGUUCACUAUGAGCCACCGCAUCAAAGAUCUUGAAACUGCGCAGCAGUUUAUUACAGCUCUUCAAGAUGCUGCCCUCGAAACUGACCUAUCGCCUGCUGUCAUAGAACGCCUUCGCCAUCCUCCACAAGAGGCUUUAGAGCUCGAAGACGCUACCGAGCACCUUUCGAUCGAAGUUUACUUGGGCCUCGAGAAUGCUUCGCAACGCCACUACAAUAUUAUUCGUGACGCUAUCUUGCGCUUUGAUCCAAGCUGCGAGAUGCUUUCAUUUGAUGCAGUCAAGCGCCGCAUUGAAGAGCUUAGUGGUAUUGUUCCUGUCUAUCAUGACAUGUGCUUCGACAGCUGUGUCGGCUUCACAGGGCCGUUUGAAGACCUUGAGCAGUGCCCGAUGUGCUCAAAGCAUCGCUACGACCAAGCUGAACAUGCACGCUCCGGCAAGAAAGUUCCUGUCAAGCGUUUCCUUACAAAUUGUAUGGGACCUGCUAUUCAAGCAAUGUGGCGCUCUUCCGUUGGUGCAGAGGGUAUGAGCUAUCGUGCACGUUGUACUGCCAAGAUCAUGAAGGAGAUAACGCGGCAGGCUGAACACCAAGACGGCAACUUCGAGUUCUCUCCUCCUGAGCUUGACGACUAUAUACACGGCACGGACUAUCUCGAAGCUGCCCUCAAUGGGUUCAUUGGUGAAGACAACACGGUUCUUAUGCUCUCGCUCGAUAGUGCACAGCUUUAUCGCAACAAGACAUCUGAUGUUUGGAUAUACAUCUGGGUUCUCAUAGACCGCAGCCCUGAUACCCACUACAAGAAGCAGAACGUCUAUGUUGGCGGCGUCAUUCCUGGCCCCAACAAGCUGAAGAAUAUCAACUCAAUUUUGUUUCCAGGCUUCCGCCAUCUUGCCGCCCUUAUGAAAGAAGGCCUCGCGGUUUGGAAUGGUGCUACGCAGCGGCUCUUUCGCUCAGACCCAUAUAUCAUUGCCUUCGGAGCAGAUCAAAUUGGCAUGACGCAGAUGACAGGCCUUGUUGGACACCAUGGUCGCUUUGGCUGUCGGCUCUACUGCCUUUUCCUGGACGGCGCAAAGAUAGGAGUGGCCACUACUUUCAGGCAACUCAACUUCCACACAAUCAUUGCAUCAACAAUUCUGAUCAUCCUGAUGUCAAUCAGCUUCUUUCAGGUUCACGGUCUCAGGCUGCCUACGAACGCAUUCGCCUUGAGACAGGCAUUUCCAAGCCCAAGUGACCUGUUCCAUCUCGCGUCUCUCAACAUACCUGAUUUGUACCUUUCCCUCUGCCGGGGAACUAUCGACUGUGAUAGCCAGGAUAGUAAAGACACUUGGGACUGGGCCAUUUUUUGCAAUGUUCCACUUUGGGAGCAACACAGCAAGGAAGUUGCAGCCACUCGACCGUAUCUUCCUGGGUCCUUUGAUCGUCCACCACGCAACAUUGCAGAGAAACUCAACAGUGGCUACAAAGCUAUCGAGUUUCAGCAUUAUCUUUAUGGCCUUGCGCCUGCUUUGCUGUACGGUCUCCUUCCGGAGAAGUACUGGCGUCACCUCUGCAAGCUCGUUCGUGGAAUGCACAUUCUACACCAACACCGAAUAACUCAAACUGAUGUUGCAGCUGGUCACAAGCUUCUCCUCAGCUGGUCACAAGACUUUGAGACCCUCUACUGCCAACACAAGACAUCACGGCUCCAUUUCGCACAUCCUAGCACCUACGGUCCAGUUCAUACCAGUCCCGAAACCCUUCGGCGUGGCCCCAACACAAACUUGAACCAGGCGGCUAUGGAGCGUACAAUUGGCAAUCUCGGUCAGGACAUCUGCCAGCACUCCAACGUAUACGCCAACUUACAGCAGAUCGCCCUCUGCCGCUGCCAAUUCAAUGCUCUCAAAGCCAUGUACUCUGCGUUCGCCCCUGAUCCCACCAUACCGUGUGGUGCAGUCAUUUUUGGCAAUGGCUAUAUUCUCUUGCGUGCAGCCGAGAAGAGCCAACGGGCUGUUUCACAUGCAGAAGCCGUCGCCUUGCGGCGCUUUGUCCAUGCUCAUGGUAUUCCUGCAACAGACGCUUGGUUGCAACAGCCAAAGAUUGCACGAUGGGCUCGUCUGCAUCUUCCCAGUGGGCAGAACGCUUGCUCGCUGUGGAAAGAGUCUCUCAAAACUCUUGAGGCUCUCUGA